AUGGGAGCACUUCUGCAAAUCAGGCCCAAGCUAUGUCAUGUUGGGCACCAGGAAAGCAAACAGACAAAUGACAACAUUUAUGGAAAGUUUGGAUUAAGUGAGCUGCUGUGCAGCACAAGGGGAUACUCAACUGCUGUAAUCGCCGUGCCAUCUGUUCUCAUCCUCUUGUCCCAUAUUCUGCUAAGCGUGUGCAACCAGGGGAGGAAGGAUCUUAUCGGAAUAGUAGCCUCGGUCACUGUUCAGGGAUUCACUUCUUUGAAGAGCAUGCAUGAGGAUAUGGAGCCUGAUGCUGAAUACACUGUGUUUCAGGCUGCCUGGAGCCUAAAAACACGAGCUUUGACAGAAAUGGUGUACGUGGACGAAAUCGAUAUGGAUCAAGAAGGAAUCGCAGAGAUGAUGCUAGAUGAAAACGCCAUUGCUCAAGUCGCAAGACCAGGAACAUCUUUGAAACUCCCUGGAACUAGCCAAGGUGGAGGCCCCAGCCCAGCUGUUAGGCCAGUAACUCAAUCAGGAAGACCUAUUACAGGAUUUGUGAGACCCAGCACGCAGAGUGGACGGCCAAGUACUAUGGAGCAGGCUAUAAGAACGCCUCGAACAGCUCUCACAGCUCGCCCAAUUACUAGUGCUUCUGGGAGAUAUGGCAGGCUAGGAACGGCUUCAAUGAUAACAAAUCCAGAUGGCCCUUUCAUAAAUCUGUCUCGACUGAAUUUAGCAAAAUAUGCUCAAAAACCCAAACUGGCAAAG